AUGAAACAUAUGUUUUUCAAAACCCAACGACAUCUCGUGGAGCGCCGAUGCGGGAAGAUGUCCCACUCAGUUUCAACUUAUGACGUUUGCCUUGUGGGAGAAGCCCUGGACAUUUUGAUUGCAGAUUGUGAGUUGGGCGUUGUGGACCUUGAUUGGAAGAUGGUGGGUCGAGUUGCAGCGAAGCGCCUGAGUCAGAUGACCAAGAAAAGUCUGGCGAGUGUCAACCCGAGGCUUGACUUUACAAGGGGGGAUCCCAAACCAACAGGCACCUUCAGCCCGGGGGCAGAAGGAUUCCGAGGACUGCGAGGAUUGCGGCAGCAACAAACGACCGCAGCGGAACCGAUGUUGUCGAAGACGAGCAUUCAACGGCCAGCGCUGUCGUUGACGCAGGCCAUGGAUUUGACCGAAGGGGAUUUGUGCGACAAGUACAUGGACCCAAAGACCUUUCGAACGUACCUUGGUGGUGUUGCGGAAUCCACCGAGCUCUUGGCGCGGAAGUGGGAUCACAUCUUCUACACGGGCAAUGGGGUGAUUGGUCGCAUCGUGACUUGGAGCCGGUUG